GCGUCGCGCAGGCGCAGUGCGGGAGGGCGCAGUGCCGUCGGCGCGGCGGUGGGAGCGGAGCGCAGCGCAGCGCCAUGGUGGAUUACCACAGCGCCGGGCAGCCCUACCCCUACGGCGGCAACGGGCCGGGCCCCAACGGCGACUACAUGGCCCAGGAGGACGACUGGGACCGAGACCUGCUGCUCGAUCCCGCCUGGGAGAAGCAGCAGCGGAAGACCUUCACAGCCUGGUGCAACUCCCACCUGCGGAAGGCCGGCACGCAGAUCGAGAACAUCGACGAGGACUUCCGCGAUGGCCUGAAGCUCAUGCUGCUCCUGGAGGUGAUCUCAGGGGAACGGCUGCCAAAACCGGAGCGAGGGAAAAUGAGAGUGCACAAAAUCAACAACGUGAACAAAGCGCUCGAUUUCAUCGCCAGCAAAGGCGUCAAGCUGGUGUCCAUCGGAGCUGAGGAAAUCGUCGAUGGCAACGCCAAGAUGACGCUGGGCAUGAUCUGGACAAUCAUCCUCCGGUUUGCCAUCCAGGACAUCUCGGUGGAAGAGACCUCGGCCAAGGAGGGGUUGCUGCUGUGGUGCCAGAGGAAGACGGCACCCUACAAGAACGUCAACGUGCAGAACUUCCACAUCAGCUGGAAGGACGGUCUUGCCUUCAACGCCUUGAUCCACAGACACAGACCAGAGCUCAUUGAGUACGACAAACUCAGAAAGGAUGACCCCGUGACAAACCUGAACAACGCCUUUGAGGUGGCAGAGAAGUACCUGGACAUCCCCAAGAUGCUGGAUGCCGAGGACAUUGUCAACACAGCUCGCCCCGACGAGAAGGCCAUCAUGACCUAUGUGUCCAGCUUCUACCACGCCUUUUCAGGGGCUCAGAAGGCGGAGACGGCGGCGAACCGCAUCUGCAAAGUGCUGGCGGUCAACCAGGAGAAUGAGCACCUGAUGGAGGACUACGAGAAGCUCGCCUCCGACCUCCUGGAGUGGAUCCGGCGCACCAUCCCCUGGCUGGAGGACCGCAGCCCCCAGAAGACCAUCCAGGAGAUGCAGCAGAAGCUGGAAGACUUCCGCGAUUACCGGCGCGUCCACAAGCCCCCCAAGGUGCAGGAGAAGUGCCAGCUGGAGAUCAACUUCAACACGCUGCAGACCAAGCUGCGGCUGAGCAACCGGCCCGCCUUCAUGCCCUCCGAGGGGAGGAUGGUGUCGGACAUCAACACGGGCUGGCAGCACCUGGAGCAGGCGGAGAAGGGCUACGAGGAGUGGCUGCUGAACGAGAUCCGGCGCCUGGAGCGCCUCGACCACCUGGCCGAGAAGUUCCGCCAGAAAGCUUCCAUCCACGAGGCCUGGACCGAAGGCAAAGAGGCGAUGCUGAAGCAGAAGGACUACGAGACGGCCACGCUGUCCGACAUCAAAGCGCUGAUCCGGAAGCACGAGGCCUUCGAGAGCGACCUGGCGGCGCACCAGGACCGCGUGGAGCAGAUCGCGGCCAUCGCGCAGGAGCUCAAUGAGUUGGAUUACUACGACUCGCCCAGCGUCAACGCGCGCUGCCAGAAGAUCUGCGACCAGUGGGACGUGCUGGGCUCCCUGACCCACAGCCGCAGGGAAGCCCUGGAGAAGACAGAGAAGCAGCUGGAGACGAUCGACGAGCUGCACCUGGAGUACGCCAAGAGGGCAGCGCCCUUCAACAACUGGAUGGAGAGCGCCAUGGAGGACCUGCAGGACAUGUUCAUCGUGCACACCAUCGAGGAGAUCGAGGGCUUGAUCGCCGCCCACGACCAGUUCAAGGCCACGCUGCCCGACGCCGACAGGGAGCGCGAGGCCAUCCUGGGCAUCCAGCGCGAGGCGCAGCGCAUCGCCGACCUGCACAGCAUCAAGCUGUCCGGGAACAACCCCUACACCUCCGUCACCCCGCAGGUCAUCAACUCCAAGUGGGAAAGGGUGCAGCAGCUGGUGCCCACGCGGGACCGCGCGCUGCAGGACGAGCAGAGCCGGCAGCAGUGCAACGAGCGGCUGCGGCGGCAGUUCGCGGGCCAGGCCAACAUCGUGGGGCCGUGGAUGCAGACCAAGAUGGAGGAGAUCGGGCGCAUCUCCAUCGAGAUGCACGGCACGCUGGAGGACCAGCUGCAGCACCUGAAGCACUACGAGCAGAGCAUCGUGGACUACAAACCCAACCUGGAGCUGCUGGAGCAGCAGCACCAGCUGGUGCAGGAGGCGCUCAUCUUCGACAACAAGCACACCAACUACACCAUGGAGCACAUCCGCGUGGGGUGGGAGCAGCUGCUCACCACCAUCGCCCGCACCAUCAACGAGGUGGAGAACCAGAUCCUGACGCGCGACGCCAAAGGCAUCAGCCAGGAGCAGAUGCAGGAGUUCCGGGCCUCGUUCAACCACUUCGAUAAGGACCACGGCGGAGCGCUGGGACCGGAGGAGUUCAAGGCGUGUCUGAUCAGCCUGGGCUACGACGUGGAGAACGACCGGCAGAAGCGCGCGGGCAGCGCCGACACCGACGAGUUCCGGGCGCUCCUCCUCUCCGCAGGAUGCAGGCUGGUACGCGCACGGCUCCACGUUCACCCUUUUUUCCACCUUUUUUUUUCCAAUCUUUUCUCUCCUCGCUCCUUCGGGUGGGGGCUGGGAUGGGGCGGAGGCUCUACAUGA